CUGCGCGCAUCCACCACGUCAGAUUGCGAGAACUUCUUCAUCACACAGCACCUCCCAUUCAUCGUUCCGCGUCUUAUUUUCAUCGGAUCUGAGUUCUACGAGGUCGCAUGUCCAUCUGCACACGCUUUUAGCCGUCGCCCACCCCUUUCCUCGCCGUCGCAGGGCAUCCUUCAAACUGGAGUAUCUACGAGACCCCUCGCUCACAGUCCGGGGGUUGGCACUGCCAUGUCCGUAACAUGGCCGCCCCCAAACAACCAGAAACCACCAGACGAUGAGCCUCUGAUUCACUCCCUACACAGAGACACUCUCAAUGGCUUGCUGCGCGCUCCCUCCCGACCUCACACUCCCAAUUCCUUGAAAUUGCGCGGUCUGGGUACCGGUUCCCAAUCUGGACAGCCUGCCGAUCCAGAGCCGAAUCUCGACGAGGAUCCGCAAAUCGUUCGAUUCCGCGCCCUGUUCGAAGAGACCGAGUCCAAGCUCGCGACUCUCUUUGACGAUGUCGGCCAAGUUGUAGCACCAAAAAGACACGCGAUCGACGAUGCGACGCUCCUCGAGCCUGCUGCCGAGCCUGCGGACUCGGCCGCGGCCCCUGCUCCUAUAUCAAAAAAGCGCAAAUUGGUCGAUGACGAUGACUACGACGAUUACGAUGACGACGAUGAAGAGGAAGACUCGACACUGGAUGCUGCAAGGGCAUCCCCUCUGAAAGAUAAGCCUAACAAAGUACAUGUCGUCGCCGAUGCCACGUCGUCGCCCAAGGCCCGCCCCGUCCUCCCCCCCAGCAUCACUCCCGAUUCCAUAAAAGCUCCGGCCAAGAGCAACGCCGCAAAGUUAAAAGAGGAUGCCGAAGAUGCUCGCAAGAAAUUGGAAGAGGCCAAGCGCAAAGAGGCCGAAACUGUCAAGACGUUGUCCCGCACCAUGUUCUUCACACUAGAAAACGAUCGAGAUGCCAUGCUGGACCAGCAAAGACUCGACGAGGCAGAGCGACGUGCCGAGGCUGAAGCUGAAGGCCAUGCCAAUCGCCAGAAUGCCUCUAUGCAGCAGGGAAGCCUAAGCAAAGCUAACCUCGGCGCGUCCAGUCUGACGCUGAAGAACCUGAUUGCCCUCCUCGACGAACACCGUUCCAUGGUACAUGCGACUGAAUCGGAACUGCGCGCACUUAUGAGUGAAGUUAGGAAGAAUCGCAGCAAGUGGGCGAGCGAAGAUAAGAUUGGUCAAGAAGAACUCUACGAGUCAGCGGAAAAGGUCCUGACCGAGCUUAAGGCUCAUACGGAGCAUUCAUUUCCCUUCCUGAACCCCGUCAAGAAGAAGGACGCUCCCGACUAUUACCUUGUCAUCAAGCAACCUAUGGACCUGGGUACCAUGACCAAGAAACUCAAGCAACUUGCGUACAAAUCCAAGAAAGAAUUUGUGGAUGACCUCAGCCAGAUCUGGAAGAAUUGCUUGAAGUUCAACAGCAAUCCUGACCAUCUCUUUCGGAAACACGCGCUUUUCAUGCAAAAAGAAACAGACAAACUGGUUCCCUUGAUCCCUGAUAUCGUCAUUCGAGACCGGGCCGAAGUCGAGGCCGAGGAGAGAAGACAGCAGAUCGCCAACGGAGAACUGGACGAUGCAGAGGAGAGCGACGAUGAACCGAUCAUGUCGUCGCGCGGUCGUAAGGCCCCCGCCAAGAGCGCAAAGAAAGGCGGCUCAACGUCUCGUAAAGCCCCGCCAGAGACGACUCCCAUACCAGAGACCAAGCCAGUCUUGCAGUCGAUCAGCUCUGUCCAAAGAGCUGAAUCCGAAGUCGAAGGUAGCCAAGGCCAAUCUACCCCCCCGCCGGGGAUCCUGACCCCAGUCGGAGCUCACGGUUCGGGGAGUAUAGCAGGGGCUGGCAGCGAGGCCAUGGAUAUGGAUCUUCCGGGACUACCGUCCCAAACCCCGGUCCCAGAGUACGAGGACGAAGAGUACAAGCUCUGGAAGCAGAAGACCAAGAAAGACCGUGCAAUGCUUGCUGCCACUCGGCAUAAGCUCUUCCGUGGAGACAAGCUGAAUGCGGAAGAGACUGCUUUGCUCCGAAGCAAGGCAGGUAUGAGGCGGUGGCAGCGUAUUCAACAAGAAGCAGCUGGGAAAGAUGUUGCAGAACUUGGCGUUGACGUCUCGGAACGAGAUCGAACUCUCGCUGAGGGCAUGGAGGUGGAAGAAGAGAGCUUGUUACCAGACUAUUAUGAUUCACUGGCUGCCAUACCUGACCUCAAUCCACACUUGAGGUGGGAGCAAGACACCGAAGGUCAAGUCAUUGAGCAUAGCGAGGAGUACUUGAGACUUCUCCCACCGAAACAAUUCGUGGCCCCUGACAGUCGACUGGUCAAGACGAUAGACGCCAACAUGCGACAGAUGCAGGAAACUCGAAAAGUCGUUUCCAAGAUUGGCGUCGUGAAACAAAUGCAGCUGCAGGCCCAGACAUAUCAAAAUCAGUUUCCGAAAUUUCACCUAGACCCUUUUGUCGAAGCCGACAUUCCCAACCAUGUCAUGUCGGACGCUGGACCAGUAAUGGCACCUUAUGUCUGCAAAGCUGCUUUUCAACGAUCCAUUGGUAAGAUCUUCUUUCAUGCUGGCUUCGAAGAGUUUCAACCUUCGGCACUGGAUGCGGUGACAGACCUUGCUGCGGAGUUCUUCCAAAAUUUGUGCUCGUCGCUGGCAAACUACAGGGAAGAUUACAGAAUCCCUGUUGCAGAACCACAUCCUGCUGGUCAAACGCAAAAGCUUGACGCCGAAUCGAAAUGCCCGAACACCUUGGAAGAGGCCGUCUUGCACUCGCUGCACUCGAGUGGAAUGUCUCUCGAUGACCUUGACUUGUAUGCUCGUGAAGACGUUGAUCGGACUGCUACUCGCCUGACCAUGAUGCACGAUCGAAUGAAAGGACAUCUUACUGAUCUUCUUCGACCUGCUCUCACGGAUGAUACAGCUCGUGGUUCAGGAACAUUUGAGGACGGUGGUGAGCAGUACGUUGGUGGCGACUUUGCCGGCGACCUUGAUGAAGAUUUCUUCGGGUUCCGGGAACUUGGUCUCGACAAAGAGUUUGGCAUGGCCAGUCUUACGGUGCCAUUCCAUAUCUUGCAGAAUCGUCUUGGUAUGAGCAACCAACAAGCCAGCACUACAGAUCCGGCGGAGAAGAUGUUUACAGAACCUCCUCGCUGGCCAAAGAUCACCAUCGAGAACAUAGACGAACAAAUUGGACUGGCUAGAGAGUGGUUUAGAAAGCGACUGCACGAGAACGGUGAUCGCCCAUUGGUGGAAGAUCUUGAACUCCCUCUAAAGCAAAGGCCAGGCUACGGUCGGGCAAGGAUACCCGCUAGCGGCAAGAUCGGAGACGGUGCCGCCAAAAAUGCCAGUCCGAUGAAGAAGGCGGCUGCGAAAGCUGGUCCUGCCCCUAAAGCUGUAGCAGGAGCAACUCCUGGUGAUAAGGGAAAGAGGAAAUCCAUCGUCGCUAACGGAACAGAGGAUGAUGCUUCCAUGGUAAACGGCGUCAAUCCUUCCACACCUGGUCCUGGUGGUGAUGGUAGCCCAGAGAAGAAGAGACCCGUCUUGAAAGCGAAGAUGUCUACUUCAGAUCUCAAAGACUCUGAAAAGGGCAAUACGCCAGCGACAGAUACCAUUGAUGGCACACCAGAGGUGAAUGGGCUCCCUAAAAUGGAUGGGGCUGUUGAUGGCGACGCAAGCAUGAUGAGUCCGGAGAGCCUAUAGCUCCAUUAGCGGGUUCCUGAGCGCAGUACAUAUGGGAAGUCGCUGAGAUGAUAACAAAGGCACCUUGUAACGACGAUGGCUUUUUUCAUUCGAUCAAUGAUGGGUGGGAUUUGGUUGGUUUCGUUGAUACCCCGGGGUUUUCAAGGGCGGGUUUAAAAUGGUUAUUCUCCUGGCAUUGUCACUAUAUUGCUGCCAGGAAGGGGUUGAUGACGACUCAUUGCGCAUCCUGCUAGCCCAAACAUCUCAUCGCGCAAAAGUGAAUGCAUUGCAUGCUUUAUGCAUGAUCUGGGGCUUGAUUGCAAAGUUGAUUUUGCACUUUUUAUCGUGGUGGAGGUUGUACAUACUUCGUCGUAACUAUUUUUUGUAAGUUGCAGAAGACUUUGUUGCUCAGCUAGCAGUCGGCAAUAAAGCCAUUCUCUUGUAAGUAGAACGUGUGAUUCAAC